CGUUGACGAGCUCUGCAAGUCUACACUGCCAAGUCGGCCGCGCGCCAUCGCAGUGAAGAAGCACAGCGAGAGUCAUAGAGAAUCGAUCGCUGUGAUGGCCAGCCGCCGCGGAGCAUUCGCGCUCGUGGCGGCGCUGUGCUUGCUCGAGCUCGCGCGGCGCGGGCUCGCCGAGGAGCCCGCGGUGCCGGCCAUGUUCGUGUUCGGGGACUCCACGGUGGACGUCGGCAACAACAACUUCCUGGCGAACUGCAAGGCCAACUGCAAGGCAAACUACCCGAGGUACGGCGUCGACUACCCGUUCCAGUCGCCGACCGGGCGGUUCAGCAAUGGAUACAACUUGGCCGACCAGCUCGCUCAAAAACUUGGCUUCGACAAGAGCCCGCCACCGUACCUCUCCCUGCCGGACGUGACCAUCAUUUCACAGAUGAGCAAAGGUAUCAACUUCGCGUCAGGAGGAUCAGGGCUGAUAGAUAGCACGGGUUGGAAAGUGUGCACGGAAGUGUUCAACAUGAGUGCCCAGGUGCAGAGCUUCACGUCGGCCGUUCAGAAGAUGGGGAACGGGACGGCCGAUCUCAUCUCGAGAUCCCUCAUCUUCAUCAACACCGGCAGCAACGACCUAUUCGAGUACACCGACUUCCCGUCGAACACCACCCGCAACGACACCGAAUUCUUGCAGAGCCUCGUCGCCUCCUACAAGGGCCACCUCAAGGACCUGUACGGUGCCGGGGCGAGGAAAUUCAGCGUGGUGAGCCCGUCGCUGGUGGGGUGCUGCCCGUCGCAGAGGGCGGUCGCGCACGACACGAACGACCUCGACUUCCACGGCUGCUCCCGCGCGGCGAACGGCCUCUCCAGGCAGCUGUACCCGAUGCUGGGCUCGAUGCUGCGCGGCCUCGCUGCCGACCUGCCCGGCAUGCACUACUCCCUCGGCGACUCGGUCGGCAUGGCCGAGCUCGUCCUCAACGGCACGGUCCUACCUGGCGCGAAUUUUACGGUGCUGGACAGGCCGUGCUGCGGCGGCGGCGUUGGCGGGUGCAACGGGACGGCGCCGCUGUGCCUGGAUCGGGGGAGUUACCUCUUCUGGGACAACUUCCACCCGACGGCCGCCGCGUCGAACGUCUUCGCGCGCGAGCUCUUCUUCGACCCCGGGGCGUUCGUCCACCCGAUGAACGUGCACGAGCUGGCGGAGCUGCGGCCGUAGAAGGGCACAUCGUACGUGUGCUUGGAUUGGCAAAGUGUUAGUGCUGGUACUAAUAAGUGGUGGUGUCUCACGGUACUAUCUCCGUUUUUAAUAAAUGACACCGUUAGCUUUUUGUCGUACGUUUGAUCAUUCGUUUUAUUCGAAAAAUUUACAUAAUUAUAAUUUAUUUUGUUGAGAGUUGUUUUAUGACUUAAUGUAUUUUAAGCAUAAUUUAAAGCUUAUAUAUACAUUUACAUGAAAAUUUUAAAUAAGACGAAUGGUUAAAUAUGUCUAAAAGUUAACGGUGUCAUCUAUUAAAAACAGAUGGUGUAUUAUAUAGAGUGCAAUUCAGCAGGUUUCGCACAUCGGCGUGCUUGUCGUGCGAGAUUCUUCACGUACCUGUCUUUUUGUCAGGAUUGGUUAUGAACAACAUUGGCAAGUUAAUUGAUCGCAGAUCGUUUUAUCACUAAUAAGAAAAGAAUUACU